GUUUGACUCUGCCAGUUUAUGAUCCUGCAAAUCCCCAACCGCAGAUGGCACCGAGUUAUAACAUCAACCCACAAACCACUGAGCUGUGUGCCACUUUAGGGCUUACGGACAUCUACGCUCUGGUUGGACAGGGCAGAGGAGAUCUGCUUUUACUAGAUGAUGUGUACGGCGACGUGGUAACUGAUAGGUAAGGAGGUGGGGACAUUGCCAUCAUGCCUUUAAUAAACAAAAAGAAACUGGGAAAAGACACUGCGGUACAAGGGACCAAUGACAGUAGUGUGGUGAGCAAAGUGUCAGCUGCUGCCCAGGGCUACUUUCUGGAUGUGUACCUGCAGCACUUUGUGUGUAAAGUGUCAAGAAGAGCACCACUUAUCAACAGGGGUUACUAUGUUCGCUGGAGAGCUGUGGACCACUGUGUGAGAAGAUUUCUUGAAAAAACUUUAGAUUGUCCAAAAAGACAGAUUUUGUCCUUGGGAGCGGGAUUUGACUCAUUGUAUUUUAGGCUCCAUUCGUGUGAAAUCCUCACAAGUGCUGUAGUGUUUGAGGUAGAUUUUCCUGAUGUGGCCCGGCGUAAAUCUGCACUGAUAAACUCAAAUGAGACGCUAAGGGAAAUGCUUGAUUCUGUUGAACAAUGUCUCGCAGAACCUUUGUACUUCUCCAGCUCACAGUAUCGACUGCUUGGUGUUGAUGUGAGAGAGCUUGCUCAAAUGGAAAAAGCUCUUGAUUUAGCUGGUUUUGUAUGGACAGCUCCAACCCUAAUUUUAUCAGAAGUGGUGCUUACAUAUAUGGAAACAAAGUGGUCCGACUCAGUCAUAAAAUGGGCAGCAGAUUAUCUACCUCAGUCACUGAUUUUAAUUUAUGAACAAAUUCAUCCAUUUGAUCCAUUUGGACAAAUAAUGCAAGAACAUUUUAGAAAAUUAAAUUCAGCUCUUUAUGCCCUGCAAAAAUACCCAGACAUUGAAGCACAAAGAAUUAGGUUCCUUGAUAAUGGCUGGGAGCAGUGUGUCUGUUUAGACAUGAAUAGUUUCUACUUUGGACUGGUUCCUGAGGUGGAAAGACUAAAAAUUGAAAAUCUGGAGCCAUUUGAUGAAUACGAGGAGUGGCACCAAAAAUGUUCCCAUUACUUCAUUCUCACUGCAUCUCGAGGGUCUCUGGCAGCUCAUGAAAUAUUGUUUCUACCAGUGUCUCCACUGACAAUCACCAGCCCCUCGUAUAGCCCCAUAUCCCUACUUGUGAGAACAAUACCAGUUUCAACAGAGGGACUGGGGAUGGGAUCUGCCUGUCUUUGUCCAAAUGUUGUACUUCUUACUGGUGGGUCAAGCAAAGGAGGCAGGGAAGCACAGAUGGGAUUACUACUCAAAAAUAAAGACAACUGGAAUUUUAUGAAAGUAGCACCAUCUGGAGAUUUAGGUGUCCGUUUAUACCACACUGUGUCAGCCAUUCCAGGGAAAUCUGCUAUCGUAUUAGGGGGGCGUGCCUCUCCCCUUAACCCAGUGAAAACUAUAUGCAAGAUAACAAUAGACCCAUGCUGUGCACUUGAUUUGGAGGGUCAAGACAAUGUAGAAAUUGGUGUACAGCAGGUAGUUUGUGAGGGUGGAUCUUCCGUACCAAGAUGGAGACACACCACUACUUUAAUCAGCCAUAAAGGUAAAGAUUUUCUUUUUCUUUUUGGUGGCAAGAAUGAAACACAGGAAGUCCUUGGAGAGAGUAACUUCAUGGACCUAAGUCAAAAUCGUUGGACAGAGGUGCCAGUUGAAGGAGCAGCGCCAGAAGCCAGAUUCUCCCAUUCAGCGUGUUCAUACAAAGGAGGUGUGGUGAUAUUUGGAGGCCUGGGCAGAAGAGGAGUUCCACUUGGAGAUACCACACUGCUAAAGCCAACCAACAGUGGCUUUUGUUGGCAGAGACUAGAUAUAAAACCCCCUCCUGUUGCGAGAUACUCCCAUACUGCUCAUGUGAUUGGAGAUAAACUACUUGUGGUUGGCGGAGUGUGGCUCUGUUUACAUGUUCCAGGGGUGGCUGUGAUCAACCUCAACACACACAGCAGCAUAGAAUAUCGCCUUGAUGCGGCCUCAGUUCCCUGGCCUCUGAUGCUCCACUCUUUCUGCUCUGAGCUAACUAGCUCAAAGGAGAUAUUGUUGAUAGGAGGAGGUGGAAACUGUUUUUCUUUUGGGACUCACUUAAACCCACAACCGGUUGUUGUGGAUCUCCGACCAAUUGCCUGCUUGGACAGUUAGUAAAAACAGCUGGUCUACAUUAGACACAAUAAAAUAUAUUUUUAAGUAAUAAGUAAUAAAUAACCAUUCAGAAUUA